CAAGCACAAGCUGUUUUCUCCUGAACGAGCUCCUUUUCCCUGGCCAGCAGCAAAAAGGGGUGGCCUUCAUCGGCCUGGGGGAAGAAGCAAUGGUCGCUCCCCCGCUGAGCUACUGCUACUCCGUACGGAGAAUCUCCGCUGGGAUCCAACAUCCAACCACAGCCUCGCUAUUGCAUGCAGUCGUGGGUGCUACUCCGUAUUGCCUUUUACUUGGUGAAUAGCCAUGAACCAUUCGGCCCCAUUCGCCAUAUUUCGUUUUCCGAGGCUUGUGCUGGAACUGCCUUAGUGCUGCUCCACUGCCCAGGUUUGCCAGCCAGCUUCAUUUCAUUAGCACUUGCUAGCUUUCUAGAGGUCAUAGACUGCGUGCUGGCGCCCACGUCCGUCGUCGGUGCAAGCAGGGCUUCUGUAUUCGAGGAAAGUCGAAUACGCGUUGAAGGCCACAGCAGAGUUGUCAGCGCCUACCGAGGUGCCCGACGGGUUUUCGUAGACAGACAAAGAGGCACAUUCAAAGCAAUGCCUAGAUUUUCAUUCGGCCCGAGAGGUCUUUAUGAACAGCCUUCCUGAAAAACCCCCUCUUUGAGUGAAUUUAUGGACGGACGUGCUGAAGAGAGCAGCAUCUGGUUGGGUGUGAAGGCGUU